UAGUGGCCGACUAUCUGGAGUAAUGAUCCCAUUUGGGGUUCAAAAGGAAGGUGCAACCAGGAUCUGGCAUGUUUUCUUAGGCCUGAGCUUGGAAAUAAUGGGAUUUCUAAAAGUGUUUCAAAGUGCCGUUGACAGAGCUUAGAUGUGAUCUUGGGACUAGCACCCGAACCAGUGUCCUUAAAGCUAAUGCUAGAGCUUCCUACGAAGACAAGCCUUGCCAUUGCCCCGAAGUGAGGAAAACAAGCGGCUGUGUCUCUGCAGCAUCUGUUCCCAAUUAGAGCCCAGUGUUGCAUUUGCAUGUGAGGCUGCCCAUGUUUUGUAAACACAAGUUCCUUGGUGAGACGAUAAGUAUGGAGUUGGGUGCCAGGCGGUUCUGUCCGCUGGCUCUGGCCACCUUCCUUGGGGCCAGCAGUGGCUGGCGUGGGAGGCCUGGGAGAGGGCUUGACCGCUGGUCUCCAGCCAAAGUUUUGGGAAGCGCAAAGCCAUUGAGGACGCCACUCGACACGUAGGACGCCAAACGCCUGCUCCUUUUGCUUCCACCUUCUCCAGAGAGAAUCAGGGCCUCCCCUGGCAGACAAAGACAAGGGAAUGGGGUUCAAGACUAUGCUCAUCCUCAGACCUGUGUUUUCUUGCACUGAAGCUUUGAAAAUGGCACUGUGGGAAGCUGCACAUCACAACAUGUCUGCCCUUUUUGCGCAAGAGAAGGACAGGGGAGCAGUGUCCCCUUCCUGCAAUUGCAAUCCGUCCCUCUUGAAUCCACUGCCUGCUUCAUAGGCUGCGAAUCGCGGCUUUAAAAUUAAAGAGGGGGGUGGUUAAAUAAUCCUGUUUGUCCCUUGCGUCUUUCCCACCCUCUCACUGUUGUGUAUAUGCAGACACACACUCCUGGUUGGCAAUCCCUAUUUUGCUUACUUUAGUGCCAUAGGAAAGCGCCUUGUGGUCUUUAAAACUCAAAGCAGAUCAGGUCCUGGAGGCGAUGUUUCAGAGGAAGGAACUUGCAAAACCACCCCUGAGCAUCCUUUGCUUAAGCAAAGCCGGUGAAAUUCAUGCGGUUGCCAUAAGUCGCACAUCAUACACACAAACGGCCAACAAAACUGACCAGUUUGUACAAGUGGCUUUGGAUUUUCUUUUGGAUUUUGGAAUAUGCAUAAUUUAAUGUUUUGGAGGUGGGACCUAAAUCUAUGCACAAAAUUCAUUUAUGUUUCACAUGCACAUUUAUGCACAUUGAAACAUACCUAUCAUAUACGCCUUGUGCAUGUUCUGCAGGAAGCAAAGUUUGCGCACAUCAGAAAGCAAAGGUGUCGCUCAACCUAGGUUUCAAUCUUGGAGUGUUUUGGAUUUGGGGACCAGGAGCACUCAGCCUGUGCCAAGAUGCCCAGAAGACGUGGCACUUGAGAAAGAGAGGCUGCCCUCCUUUCUUUCUGAGCGAUUUGGGUCUGGUGCAAGCGGGGAUAAUGCUUCUUCCUUGUGGAGGCCAUUCUGGGGCUUUGGGGCUCUCUGUCCAGAUGCCUGGCGGGAGGGAAAUGAUGAAGGGACUGGACUGAGAUGAAAACGUUGGGGUUAUCCUUUGGCCGGCCACAUCCGAGCGGAAAGGGAGCCCUGGCAGCGGUAAUUAUAUGCCGGCUGCCGCUCUUUCUCCUUCCCUGGCCCAGGCCCAGCGCUCCUCCUUUUCUUGGAGGAUGGCUCCAAAGGAAGAGGCUUGCAAAGAGGCAUAAAGCACCCUUGGUUGCAAAGGGCACUUGGGCUCCCUGCCUGGAGCACUCUUCCAUUUUGCAUCCUAUUCAGAAUCCUAUUCCUAAAGCCACACUUUUUGCACCUUUGUAUUGGCUGCGUUCAGAAGAAGGAGUGACUAGUAAUGUAGCUUCCUAUACCUUGUUAUUUGAGGGUGGCACUAAGCCACAUUGCCCAAAUAACGCCAGGAACAAGAACGGAAUGACUUUAUGGACACAAGGAGGGAUGGUUCCUAAUACACAAGUCCCAUAAAUACAGAAAACCAAGUAUGAACAGCUUUACUUUGGCCCCAGUCUUUUUGAGUUUCCAAGUCUAUAUGCGUUAUAAUGUUAAUAUAUUAAUAUAUUAUAAUAUAUAAUAUUAAAACAGCAAAAUGGUGUCCCUUAUAUAUAAAAUAGAAGAGUUUUUUGGGGGGGGGGGGUUUGGAAUUGAUCUUCUUUUUAAGUGUUUUCAAGCAGGUUGGGCCCAUGGAUGACAGAGCCGUGGAUACGGAGGAGGGCCAACUUUAUUUGCAAGCAACAUCCAGAAGGUCCUGGUGGCACCUUCCUUUUAAAACCCAGAUGCCACGGUUACUCCAUCCGCUGCGUCCGUCCUGCGGUCAGUUCCUGGCUGACCCAUCCUUUGCAAGGCUUGCAAAUCCUCCAUCCCUCCAAAGAAACCCACAAUUGCCAUUUCCACUUGGCACUCCAUCCUUCCAAGCAGCCCGUCUCCGAAAUAGACUUGGCCUCUGUUCCUCCGGAGGCUGGGACCAGCUUUGUGGCUUGCUAUCCCUUGCCAGGUCCGACGAGGCGGAGGGCGAGGGGGGCACCAUUUGCCCAGGGACUAUAAAUGGGGAAUGGAAACGCAGAAGAAGAGCAACCGGAGCAAGGAAGACCUCCAAGAUGAAGACGCUCCUUCUCCUCGCCUUCCUGGCCGCUGCCACCUUCUGCCUUUGCCACGCAGACGAUGCCUCCGUUGAAUCCAACCGUGCCAAAGACGCUCCCGGCUCCAAAGCGUUCGUCUCCCGGCGUGAAAGUGCCGAAGUUGUGAAGAGACACAAGAGGAACUACAACAGGUUGUUCCCGGCCUUUUCUGCCCAGGUGGCGGUCACUCCGGACCCCUUUGAAGCCCACCGCGAAGUUUGCGAGACCAACCCUUCCUGCGACGAACUGGCCGACCACAUUGGCUUCCAGGAAGCCUACCGCCGCUUCUACGGACCCAUUUAGGCCACAGAGGCUGACCUCGUGUCCAAGUGGUCAGCGGCCAAAGGGUCACUCUUCCAUGUUCCCAUUCCUACACUUGCGACCCCCGUGGCUUUGCUUUCCCAGCCUCUGAGAUACGCUUUCCUCGAUGGUCCUGUUCUACUAAACACAAUAUUAAAAGUGUU